CUACUACCCCAAAACAAAACAAGCAGCCAGUUAGUUCUUCUCUGGCUUCUUGCUCCAUAUAUCUUUCCCUCACCAUCACCAUCACCAUCGUUUUUGCUACUCUCUGUUUUUUUUUUAAAAAAAGAGGUCCAACUUAAAGGAUAAACAACACCAUGAAGCAAAAGAUGGUAGUCAAGGUAACUAUGAAUGGCCACAAGUCUCGCUCCAAGGCCUUGAAAAUUGCGGUUGGUCUCGCAGGGGUGGAGUCUGCUUCUUUGAUAGGCGAUGACAAGAGCCAAAUAGAAAUAACAGGAGAUGGGGUGGAUCCGGUUCAGCUAACAAGUCUGCUAAGAAAGAGUGUAGGGCAUGCAGAGCUGGUGAGCGUGAGUGCCGUUGGUGGUGAAAAGAAAGAGGAGCCUGAGAAAGAAAAGCCAAAGCCAACGGAGCCGUAUGUCUGGCCAUAUAAUCCACCUUAUUAUGUGUAUCAGGUGCCAGAUGGAUAUGCCCAGUUCCAUGAUCCCUCUUGCUCCAUCAUGUAAGAGACAGAGCCUUACAAAGAGAAAUUAGAUGCAUGGACUUAAGAUCAUGUCAAAGAGCUCUAGUCUCCAUGUUCCACAUCCUGAGGGGUGUGUAAAAUUAGUUAAACAGGCAAUGGUGUCCAUGUGAGGGUGACUUGUCGGCCUUCUUUCUUCCUUUCUUUCUGUUUUUUUUUUCCUCUGUUUGUAUUUUAUCAUAUAGGGUGGGAAACAAACAGAGGUGUAGAGGAGGGUGAUGAUAUUUAUGAUAUAGUCAAAAGUCUGAUAAGGUUCUGCUGAAGUCUCCUAUGUAUUGUACAAUUAAAAUAGUUGAUUAUUUACUUGAGUGAAUUUUGUUGUUCU